AUGGCCAAGAGAAAAUCUAUUGCCAGUCCAGCGUUGCCACGCAAGAGGACGAAACUGGACCAGCCGACCGAAACGCCCAGUCUUCAAUCACUCGAUACUGAUGCAACGGCUUCCUCUUCUUCUUCGCCAUCUCCGUCACCUCCGCCACGACCCCUAAAACGCAAGAGACCAGUUGACAACUCGAUUGACAGCCAAGAUGAGUCGGAUACAAGCACCAGCACGAAACGGGCCAAGACAGAGAGUCCGAGAGAGCCAUCGCCUGAUUUCGAUUACGGGGAGAUUCUGUUGCAUGACGAUUAUCCAGAAGCACAAGCGCACAUCUACUGGGAGCCAACGGACUUGACCGAGGAGGCGAGGCGGUGGAGGGAAAUAGCCACACUCUACUCCCAGGGCUAUGUGGGUGGCUGCUCGUGUGGAAAAAUGCACAUGGCUAUUGGCCGGAAAUCGUGGCAUUACCCAGGUCAAGAACCAGAACUGGAUGAUGAACCAGGCCAACCAUUUCCAGAACAAGACGAAGCAUACGCACAAUCAGCUUCUACAUCUGCAUACCGAAGUCGAGGCCGACAGCCGCUGCUCAGCCCAGAGCUUUCCGACGAUGAGAUUGAUGCUGGCAACAAUCAAUCCAGUUCUGCGCCCAUCGAUGUCUCUACUCCGCGGGAACCAUCGAAUACACCAGACUUGCCAGAGCCCGUUGUUCCGGAAAUACCAGAUGUUUCCCCCAACCCUUCGCUCACCAUUGCGCCUACGGUAAACGUUGGUCGAGUCUCGCGUCAACGCAACGUGAAAAAGUCAACCCCGCGACACAAAACACCCAGGAAGAACAAAGACAAGACAAGCAAAGGAAAGAAAGACAAGACUGUCGAGCAACAGCCUCGGAACCGGAAACGAGAGGCCACAAACGCGGCCAAAGAGUCUGCUGCCUUAAGACGGUCGUCGAGGAGAAAUGCCCAAGCCCAGCUCUGGUUCUUGGAUGACAGGGGCAAGGCUUGCGAAGCAGCAGUAUCUUUAACAUGA